AUGGACAGAUCUUUGAUGCCAAUACCAUGGGAAGAAGCAGCAAAAAAGGUAGCUGAAUAUGUUAAUGAAAAUGGUGAAUGGAAAAUUGAAGAGUUAUCUAGGUGGCUUCCUUAUGAGAAAAUUCAAACAAUUCAAAGCCAUCUUCCCCCCAAUAAGUUAGAUGGCCCUGAUCAGUUAAAGUGGAACAUUCAUAGUAAAGGGAUUGUCUCAGUGAGUGGCAUUUACAAGCUGCUAGAUAAUCACACAUCGUCCACAAGUGAGAGAGCUGAUGUUUGGAAAGAUAUAUGGAAAUGGAAAGGCUCACAGAGAAUCAAACUGUUUUUGUGGAAAGUAGCCCAUGGUAAGCUUCCAACAAAAGAGAGAAUGCCAAGCUUGAAUCUGGGAGGUCCGAUGUGUAUUAUGUGUAAUAAUGGAGAUGAAACUUUAAUGCAUUCAUUGAGAGACUGCUAUUUUGCUAGGAAGUUAUGGGAUGGUUUGGCAGCUAGCACGGUAUGGAUAGUUGCUAAUAGGAAAGAGAAUGGCGUAGAGCAUGGAACAAAAGAGGAGAUCUUAAUUCAUUGGAAAUUUCCUGAAAUGGGGUGGGCCAAAGUUAACACUGAUGGAGCGAUCAAAGGAAAUCCGGGAAUGGCAGCGUGUGGGGGAGUGAUUAGAGAUUGUUCUGAACUAUGGAGAAUUUUAAAAGGGAUGGAAAUGGCAUGGGAAGUAAGUUGGAGAAAAGUUAUCAUUGAAAGUGAUUCUGAAGUAGCAAUCACGUGGCUCACCCAGAUAGGAGAGCCAGCCUCUGAGUCUCAUAUUGUGACUCGUAUAUGGGCAUGGAUGGACAAAGAUUGGACAGUGAAGUUAAAUCACACAUAUAGAUAA